UUCGGCUCCACCAAACAUGUCGGCUCCGGUCGGGCCCCGGGGCCGCCCGGCUCCCACCCCGGCGGCCUCGCAGCCUCCUCCGCAGCCCGAGAUGCCGGACCUCAGCCACCUCACGGAAGAGGAGAGGAAGAUCAUCCUGGCUGUCAUGGAUCGCCAGAAGAAAGAAGAGGAGAAGGAGCAGUCGGUGCUCAAAAAACUGCAUCAACAGUUUGAAAUGUAUAAGGAACAAGUCAAGAAGAUGGGAGAAGAAUCACAGCAGCAGCAAGAACAGAAGGGCGACGCCCCGACCUGUGGGAUCUGCCACAAGACGAAGUUUGCUGAUGGAUGUGGCCAUAACUGUUCUUAUUGCCAAACGAAGUUCUGCGCUCGGUGUGGGGGUCGAGUGUCAUUACGCUCCAACAAGGUUAUGUGGGUGUGUAAUUUGUGCCGAAAACAACAAGAAAUCCUCACUAAAUCAGGAGCAUGGUUUUAUAAUAGUGGGUCUACUACAUCACAGCAACCCGAUCAAAAGGUUCUUCGAGGGCUUCGAAAUGAGGAGGCACCUCAGGAGAAGAAAGCCAAACUACACGAGCAGACUCAGUUCCAAGGACCCUCAGGUGACUUAACUGUCCCUUCAGUGGAGAAAGCUCGCUCUCAUGGGCUCACAAGACAGGAUUCUAUUAAAAAUGGAUCCGGAGUGAGGCACCCGAUUGCCUGUGACAUACCUUCUGACAGGAAAAGAAGUCCAUCGGUGUCCCGGGAUCAAAAUCGAGGAUACGACCAGAGUGAAGAGAGAGAGGAAUAUCCACAGUAUGUUCCUUCAGAUAGCACAAUGCCUAGAUCUCCAUCAGAUUAUGCUGAUAGACGAUCUCAACGUGAACCUCAGUUUUAUGAAGAACCUGACCAUUUAAAUUACAGGGAUUCUAACAGGAGAGGCCGUAGACAUUCCAAAGAGUAUGUUGUAGAUGACGAGGAUGUGGAGAGCAGAGAUGAAAGGCAGAGGAGGGAGGAGGAGGAGUACCAGGCACGCUACAGAAGUGAUCCGAAUUUGGCCCGGUAUCCGGUGAAGCCACAACCCUAUGAGGAACAAAUGCGGAUCCACGCUGAAGUGUCUCGAGCACGACACGAGAGAAGGCACAGUGAUGUGUCUUUGGCAAACGCUGAACUCGAAGAUUCCAGGAUUUCUCUGCUAAGGAUGGAUCGACCCUCAAGGCAAAGAUCUGUAUCUGAGCGUAGAGCUGCGAUGGAGAGUCAACGCUCUUAUUCUAUGGAAAGAACUCGAGAGGCUCAGAGGCAAAGUCCUUAUCCACAAAGGACCACAGAUCACAGUCCCCCAAGCCCCCGGAGGAGCCCUGUCCCGGUGGAUAGACUAGACACCAGGCGAGCUGACUCUCCGCGGAAACACCACCACUUAGACCCCAGCUCUGCUGUCAGGAAAACGAAACGGGAGAAAAUGGAGACCAUGCUCAGGAACGAUUCUCUGAGUUCAGACCAGUCGGAGUCCGUGAGGCCCCCGCCGCCAAGGCCUCACAAAUCGAAGAAAGGAGGUAAAAUGCGCCAGGUUUCCCUGAGCAGUUCUGAGGAGGAGUUGGCGUCCACACCUGAAUACACGAGUUGUGAUGAUGUUGAGAUUGAGAGCGAGAGUGUGAGCGAGAAAGGGGACAGUCAAAAGGGAAAAAGAAAAACUAGUGAGCAGGGAGUUUGGUCGGAUUCUAACACCAGGUCUGGGAGACAAAGGAAAAUGAUGUACUGUGGUGGCCACUCUUUGGAAGAGGAUUUGGAAUGGUCUGAGCCUCAGAUUAAGGACUCUGGGGUAGAUACCUGUAGUAGCACCACUCUUAACGAGGAACAUAGCCCUAGUGUGAAGCAUCCUGUGACCUGGCAGCCAUCCAAAGAUGGAGAUCGCCUAAUUGGUCGUAUUUUAUUAAAUAAGCGUUUGAAAGAUGGGAGUGUACCUCGAGAUACAGGAGCACUGCUGGGUUUAAAGGUUGUAGGAGGAAAGAUGACUGAAUCAGGUCGGCUUUGUGCAUUCAUUACCAAAGUAAAGAAAGGAAGUUUAGCUGAUACAGUAGGACAUCUUAGACCAGGUGAUGAAGUACUAGAAUGGAAUGGGCGGCUAUUACAAGGAGCCACAUUUGAGGAAGUUUACAACAUUAUUCUGGAAUCCAAACCUGAACCACAGGUUGAGCUUGUUGUAUCAAGGCCAAUUGGAGAUAUACCUAGAAUACCCGACAGCACACAUGCACAACUGGAAUCCAGUUCUAGCUCAUUUGAAUCUCAGAAAAUGGACCGUCCUUCUAUAUCUGUUACGUCUCCCAUGAGUCCUGGAAUGCUGAGGGAUGUCCCGCAGUUCCUGUCUGGACAGCUUUCUAUAAAGCUAUGGUUUGACAAGGUCGGUCACCAGUUGAUAGUUACAAUCUUGGGAGCAAAGGAUCUCCCUUCAAGGGAAGAUGGGAGGCCAAGGAAUCCUUAUGUUAAAAUUUACUUUCUUCCAGACAGAAGUGAUAAAAACAAGAGAAGAACAAAAACAGUAAAGAAAACAUUGGAACCCAAAUGGAACCAGACAUUCAUUUACUCACCUGUCCACCGAAGAGAAUUCCGGGAACGGAUGCUUGAAAUCACCCUUUGGGAUCAAGCUAGAGUUCGAGAAGAAGAGAGUGAAUUUCUAGGAGAGAUUUUAAUAGAAUUGGAAACAGCUCUGUUGGAUGAUGAACCACAUUGGUACAAACUGCAGACCCAUGACAUCUCUUCCUUGCCUCUCCCUCACCCUUCUCCUUAUUUGCCACGAAGACAGCUCCAUGGAGAGAGCCCAACACGCAGGUUACAAAGGUCGAAGAGAGUGAGUGACAGCGAGGUCUCUGACUACGAUUGUGACGAUGGCGUUGGUGUAGUGUCAGAUUACCGGCACAAUGGUCGCGAUCUUCAAAGCUCCACAUUGUCAGUUCCAGAACAAGUAAUGUCAUCAGCCCAUUGCUCACCACCAGGGUCUCCACACCGAGUAGAUGUUAUAGGAAGGACUAGGUCAUGGUCACCGAGUGUCCCUCCUCCACAAAGGAAUGUGGAACAGGGGCUUCGAGGGACACGUGCUCCUGGUCAUUACAAUACAAUUAGCCGAAUGGACAGACACCGGGUCAUGGAUGACCAUUACUCUCCAGAUAGAGACAGUCAUUUUCUUACUCUACCUCGCUCCAGAUACAGUCAGACCAUUGAGCCCCAUCACAGGGAUGCAAGGGAUUGUGAAGCAGCAGAUAGACAGCCAUAUCACAGAUCCAGAUCAACAGAACAGCGGCCUCUCCUUGAGCGGACCACCACCCGCUCCAGAUCCUCUGAACGUCCUGAUACAAACCUCAUGAGGUCGAUGCCUUCAUUAAUGACUGGAAGAUCUGCCCCUCCUUCACCUGCCUUAUCGAGGUCUCACCCUCGGACCGGGUCUGUCCAGACAAGUCCAUCAAGUACUCCUGUAGCAGGACGAAGGGGCCGGCAGCUGCCACAGCUCCCACCAAAGGGAACACUGGAGAGAAGUGCUAUGGAUAUAGAGGAGAGAAAUCGCCAAAUGAAAAUUAACAAAUACAAACAGGUAGCCGGAUCAGAUCCCAGACUGGAACAAGAUUACCAUUCGAAGUACCGACCGGGAUGGGACCCACAUAGAGGGGCAGACACUGUCUCCACUAGAUCCUCGGACAGUGACGUAAGUGAUGUGUCCGCGCUUUCCAGGGCUAGUAGUGCCUCUCGUUUCAGCAGCACAAGCCACAUGUCCGUCCAGUCGGAGCGGCCGAGGGGAGACCGGAGAAUCAGUGUGUUUACAUCCAAAAUGCAAAGCAGACAGAUGGGCAUGUCAGGGAAGAACAUGACCAAAAGCACGAGCAUCAGUGGAGACAUGUGCUCCCUCGAGAAGAAUGAUGGCAGCCAGUCGGACACUGCAGUGGGCACCUUGGGUACCAGUGGCAAGAAGCGACGCUCUAGCAUUGGGGCCAAAAUGGUAGCUAUUGUUGGUCUGUCCCGGAAGAGUCGCAGUGCGUCUCAACUCAGCCAAACCGAAGCAGGAGGGAAGAAGCUGAGGAGCACUGUCCAGAGAAGCACAGAGACCGGCCUGGCAGUGGAGAUGAGGAACUGGAUGACGCGGCAGGCCAGCCGCGAGUCCACGGACGGCAGCAUGAACAGCUACAGCUCGGAAGGAAACCUGAUUUUCCCUGGUGUCCGCCUGGCCUCUGACAGCCAGUUCAGCGAUUUCCUUGAUGGCCUGGGCCCUGCUCAACUAGUGGGACGCCAGACCCUGGCUACUCCUGCAAUGGGUGACAUCCAGGUGGGGAUGAUGGACAAAAAGGGACAGUUGGAGGUGGAAAUCAUUCGGGCUCGAGGCCUUGUUGUAAAACCAGGUUCCAAGACACUGCCAGCACCGUACGUCAAGGUGUAUCUGUUGGACAACGGAGUCUGCGUAGCCAAGAAGAAGACAAAGGUGGCGAGGAAGACCCUGGAGCCCCUGUAUCAGCAGCUCUUGUCCUUCGAGGAGAGCCCCCAGGGAAAGGUGUUACAGAUCAUUGUCUGGGGAGAUUAUGGCCGCAUGGACCACAAAUCCUUUAUGGGAGUGGCCCAGAUACUUUUAGACGAACUAGAACUAUCCAAUAUGGUGAUUGGAUGGUUCAAACUCUUCCCGCCUUCCUCCCUAGUAGAUCCGACCUUGGCACCUCUGACAAGAAGAGCUUCCCAAUCGUCUCUGGAAAGUUCUACUGGACCUUCUUACUCUCGUUCAUAGCAGCUGUAAAAGUGUUGUCAUAACAACCAGUGAUACAGAAACAGAAGAAAGUGCACAGGCCGAAACCCCUGGUAACACUGCAUGCUUGAUGUUGUGUCUUUGGAGCCCACGUCUAGGGAUACAAAGCGAUCCUGUGUUCUCAGAGGAAGUCGUACACAUUGUGCCCUAGCGAAGGCCCUCAGGUCAAAGAGCAGAGCUGUGAAGAACUGUCACAUUUGGAGUUCAGUGACACUCGAGUUCCGGUCCAAUCUGAAGCCAUGGAUUAAUCUCAAAGAGUCAGUCAGCCCUUUUCAAUGGCACCUUUAUAUUUUUAUCGUUUUGUCUUCAUUUAUCUGCCCCCAAAGCCUGUUAUGCCACAGAAAUGGAGCUCUACAGCCAUUAAGCCACACUACAGGGCAAGGAGCAAAGUCCUAGGAAGCGUCAGGUGAAAAGCAAGAGACCAAAGAUGUGGUCAGGAGCAGAGUUGGCCACCGCUCCCAAGGGGGCUCCGGCAGGGAGACUGGUAGACUCUGGGAAGCCCCAGGAGGCAUGGCAUUCACUAAUGCCAAGAUGUGUUGGACUCUGAAAUCAAAAUUCUGGGACUGCACUGUACUGAAUGAAAUUAAAGAAACUUUUUUUUGCAUGGACACAGAUUAGCUGAAUAUUUAAAUUAUUUUCUCGGGGCUGCAACUUGCAAAAAAAUAAUAAUAAAAUAAAAUAAAAAUCAGCCAUUUUCAACAAUUUAUAUUAUUUUUAAAAGUAAAUUUCACUAGUGCAUGGUUUUAAAAUGGGAGAGAAUGCAACAGGGUGAUACAAAGACACACCAUGUUUAUUCUUUAAUCAUAGUCUGUGUUUUGGCAGACAUUACAAAUGAAAAUACUUUCUAGCAGAUACUUUAUGUGACAAUAAGUAUAAUAUAUUCAAUUUAUUUCCAUGUUAAAUAUACAGAUCUUAUGAAGUUCAAUAUGUGCAAAUUUUUCACAUCUUUCCUCUUCUUACUUUUCUUCCCACUUUGAAUCUUUUUUUCUUCUCUCCUCCUGAGUGAACCCUAAAAUACUAGAAAAUACUAAAAUACUGCAAAUCUUUCACCUGACCCCAUAUUCGAUUCAGAGCACAGAUGUAUCUGAAUUUAGGGAUUUCUCAAAUCUGUUUGAGAGCUUUCUUUAUUUCAAGCAUGUUGAAAGGAUUUUGCAACAUGACUUGGGACAUCAAGCAAGUCAGCACGUAUUUGACAAAGAAGAUAUCUGAACAUUUGCAGUUUAUUGUACAGUGCAUGGUAAUUUUUUUUUCACCUUAAAAGUUCAGUUUACAGGAAAAUCCUAAAAUCAUGUGGCAUUGUAAUGUCUAACAAAUUUGUUUUUAGCACCAGCAUUAUUCAUACAGGGGGUUAAGUAUUAUUUGUAGGUCUUAGGUUUUGUUUGUUUUUUAAUUUGUUAAAGCAAUUUCUUUAGCUGAUUUCCAUUUACUAUGUGAAUAGAAACACUGCUAAAUAUGUGGAGCCCUGAAACAUGGGGCUGUUUAUUAAUUCAUUUUUCUGUAGUAAAAUUCAAUUUUUCACAAAUUAUAUUUCUAAAGAAAUAUAGUAAACAUAAAUUUGCAACAAUUUUAAAGCUCCAAUUUUUAGAUGACUCAAAGAACAUCAAUAUGCCUCUUAACAGUUAUUUGACACCAUCACCAAAAGUCUACAUGCAAACCCUCAAUCAAGACCCCAUGUGUGGUUCACGGGCAGUUUUUACCGCUGAGUGGCACUGCGAGGUCCGGUUUCUCUCCAGGUCCCUAAUGAGAGGAAAUGUCACUGGUCAAUGUAAUAAACCACCCAUCCUUUCUGUUUCCUACAUAUGCUUUGAUUACACGUCCUUAAAGAUUGCUUUUAUCUCCUUGCAGUAAUUUUUGAAAUCUAUCUACAUCCCGUUUGUUUAAAUGGAGGCCAUGCACACACAAAAAUAUUUUCUUUGUUUCUCUUUUCGAAUUCAAUGCUGACCAUUGAAAACUGUCAUGCUUGAUAUGGUGCAAAAGUUAAAAUGAGCUAUCACUCAAAAUGCCUUCUCUUUAUGUGGUGCAACAUGAACUACACCAAGACCGUGUCUUGAUUUUCUGAGACCUCUGGCAGACCCAGGCGAAGGAACAUAAUGCUAUGAGAUACUUUCAGCACCUGCUUACCAGCAGCGAUUUGGUUUAAGAGACCUGUAGCGUCUUCGUUCUCCCCUAGGCUAGACAUUCACUAUGUUCCUGACACUAAAAUGAGUCACAAUCUUUUCUGCAUAUUCCUAUACAAAUUAUUUCUAAUUUUACUAAGAAAGACAUGACUGUGGAAUAUUUGUACAUACUUGUCAUUAUGCAGUAUUUAUUUAAAAGUUGGUGUACUUUUUUUUAAUUUUCACAUGUCUGCACCUCAACUUGUGGUUCCGUCAUGUAAAUAGCACAUGCCAGUGACCGUUGCUGCCCUGUACAUAGAAUGUUUUCAAGUAAAGGGAAUUCCAGUUGGGGAAAAAUGGGGGGAGGGCAGAUUAGGCCUGUAACAAACACUGACUGAUGUAAAUCAAAUUCAUUCUGGUGAUGGUAUUUAACACUUUAAAUAAACCAUUUUCUUUACA